AUGUCCGUACCCGGGCGAUGGUCCAGAGGCCAGCUCAUAGCUGCCUCGGUCUGCGCAUUCCUCAUCCUUUCCCUGAUCGGCAGCGCCUAUCGUUCUCGAGAACCGAUCCGAAAUUUUAUAUCCGACAAGUCAGUCACUGCGAGCACGAGUGCGAAUAUCGCCCCGUCCGGACGCGUGCUCGUCAAGGUUGGCGGCGUGCCACAGGAAGGAUUUGGGUCUUCUCUGCACUUUAUCAAGGAUGGAAUUCGCAUGGCGCAGGUUCUGGGCGUCGACUUCUACCCCGUGCGGACGUUUGAUUUCGACGUGUUUCAGUACAAUGCCAUGGAUGAGCUGAAUCUGGGUAUUGACUCGUCCAAGAGAAACUGGAACAACAUGUGCAAUUUACACACGUCCAUAACCAAGGUUGGAGGGCAUGAGCCGUUUCCUGAGCGUGUGGUGAGACUGCGCAAGGGAGUAGAGCGGUUUAUUGACGAAUCAAAAUACAUGGCGCGAGGCGAGGAGUAUGACGAGGCAUUCAUCCAAGAAGUGCGGCAAAAUGUCGAGGGAUGUGACGUGAUCAUCUACGCCGAUCAAGACGUGCACCAGGACUGGGAAUGGGACGACUGGACCCGGGCGUGGGUAGCCACCGCCAUACGGCGCAAUGCUGCCAUCAAGCUCGCCGAGGGCAAAGCAAAACCCAUUCCUCCUCGAGAUGUGCACGUCCACUAUCGCUGGGGCGAUGUUGUCGACCUGAUCCAGAAGCACCACGAUGGCGGCAAGUGGAACUUCGACAACGCGAAGCUGGAACGAUCGAUAGCAUCAGUGGAGGCGUGUCUCCGGCGCAAAUUAACGUCCAAUGUCUUCAUCAAGCACUCGGCUGCACAAGAGUCUGACGAUGAGUUGCGCCAGAUCAUUGCACCCAUCAGACAGGAUGCAAAUAUCAUCGAGGGAGAAGACGACAUUGUGGAUCUCUAUCAUCUUUCCCAGGCCAAGAUACUUGCUGUAUCGGGAGGCACAUAUUCGAGUGCAGCGGCUGCCACUGGAAACUUUUCCUUAGUGAUUCAUAAUGGCUGGCAUGUCGCAGAUUAUGAGCAUCUGUACAUAGACGGGGUACCGCUGCUUGAACAGGGCGAGAAACUGAGCGCAGAGCAGUGUGCCCAUGUACGGAGGACAUUUCCGUCUUGA